CUAUGUUCAGUAUUUUUCGUAGCUGCUUCUGCUUCGCACAGUAGAAAGUGGUCUAUUUGUAAAUAUUGCAAAGUUGUAAAUAACAUCAGUGUUUAUGUUUUUUAAGACUGUUUUGUGAGUUUUAAAAGCAGUGCAAGUUUUUUAUGGAUAAUAAACGGUUUUUGAGGACUUCUUGGUAGCCUGAAGGUGUGUGUACGAGUGGCCCAAAUCGACGAUUUAAUAGUAUGGUUUAUGGAUCACACUUCAAUGGCUUUGACAUUUUUCCGAAAUGGUGAUGGAAGCUGACCCCAUAUCUGGGAAACGUACAGAUGAUCGACAUAGUGCGCCGCUCCGACCACGCGCGGGCGGUGACGUCAUCGCUCCGUCUGUAAGCAGCUUGGACUUAAACAUGCAGUACUCCGCACCUUCCAACUUGGUACUCACACCGGCACCUGAAUGUCGCAAGCUCUCCCGCGGCAUAUCCCGCGCCACAGACAACGAAGGGCUUGUCUGGGCCCUUCGGAGCAACACAGAGCCAGAUCUCAACACCCUCAGUUCAGAUCACAUACUACUACUACCAGAUAUAUCUGUGUAUCCGCCGGAUUUUAGAACAUUCAUCGAGAAGGACCUCUUAGAAACAGCCACACUAGUCACAUUAGAAUCAGCCAAUAUAUUAAAUUGGUGGCGGCACGGGCGCGUCCCGGGCGCUCCCAGAUUGUUGCCGCUGGCGACCUCUGGUGACGGCAAUUGUCUUCCACACGCCGCUUCGCUGGCGGCGUAUGGCUUCCAUGACAGAUUGCUCGCGUUGAGAACGAAGGUUCAGGCGUUGUUGUCUGGAGAAGGAGGUGAUAAACUUACAAAUGCGAUAAAACGCCGCUGGCGCUGGUCAGAGAGCUUCGCGCUCCGCAGCGCAGGCCUCACCCCCUCCGAGGCCGAGUGGGAGCGAGAGUGGCAAGACGCCGUCGCGGCAGCUUCAGCGGAACCCAGGCCGAGGCACCAGCCAACGGCGGCACCACAUUAUGCUGGAUUGGAACAGCUACAUGUGUUUGCCUUGGCCCAUGUUAUGAGACGGCCAGUGAUAGUCUUCGCUGACCGAGCGCUGAGGGACUUCCGCGGCGAUCCCAUAGCGCCAAUACCGUUCGGUGGCAUCUACCUUCCGCUCGAAUUGGCACCAGAACUGUGCAGUAAAACGCCGAUCUUAUUGGCCUACGAUGCGGGCCACUUUUCAGCGUUAGUCCCCUGCGAGCCGCUACCGACAGAUGGCGCUAGGGUGCCUUUGGAAGAAGAAACUGGCAACCAUAUGCCUAUCAGAUUUAGCGUCGACCCCGGCGAAGACUUCCGCUGGGACGUCGAGCCGGACCAGAAAACCAUAAACAACCUCCUCCCGGACGAGUUCCAGAGGUCCACAAUGAUGGCUGCCUAUUUAGACCUGGAGCGAGUGGAAUGUUUAUCACAAAACCAACCGCCUGAAGAAUUGAGAAGGUCCCUGGACGCUCUGUCAACUAAGAGCACGAAGCAACUUAAUUCUGUGGCGAAACAGUUUGGCAGUAUUGGCAGAUCGAUGAGCAGCAAGAUAAAGAAGAACUUGGGGUCGAUGGCGAAGCUGAACAAGUGCAGCGGCGGCGGCGGCGGCGGCGCGGCGGAGGCGCGCGGCGCCGCGUUGUGCUGCCGCGUGCUGGCGGCGCGCGCGCCCGUGCAGGAGGAGAUGGUCAAAAAUUAUCUCAACGAGGCUUACAAUGGGUACAUGGCAGAAAAGAACAGGAAAGAACACCCGUCCAGCCAGCCCUCGCAACCGCGCUACGGCACGGGCCGGUCUCAGUUCUACGCGGAGGCCGACCGCGCGGCCCACGAAGUGGCCCGUGGCCUCGACCCCCGGCCCUUGCGGCCCCCCACCGACCGCACACUUUACUUAUCCAAGUCCACCUUUUACGACGACCGUCCGCCGUCGCCUAAGCCCUGCAGAGCGCCGCUAUGUAUGUAUUACGGCAGUGCCGCCAAUAAUGAUUAUUGUUCUAGAUGCGCUCGAUUGCAGUAAUGUCUGCUUUUAAGGUGUGUUUUGUUGGCCAAUUUUUUUUAAUAUCUAUUGGUUUAAUCUCGGCCUCGGCCAUGUUAGGGCCAAAGAAAAAUAUAUUAUUUGGUUAUAUAUAAGUAUAGUGGACCGCCACUAUCGAAAUCAAGUCGCUAUCCAAGGCUAGAGUGAAAAUAUAUUUUUUCAUUAAUCAUUUGCAAAGAUGAGGUCUAGGGUGUUACACACAUAACACACACACACAUAACACAUGUGUGUAACACCGUAAACCUCAUCUUUGCUUCCCAUCUGGUUAGAUUGAGGUAUAUGGUUUCGAUGAAAGAAUAUUCGGCCGGUGAUAUUAUAUUUUUUUCCGAGACAAUCCAGCCCUAAUCGAGUUUUCAAUCGUUGGAAAUUAUUUUAGUAGCUUACAUGACUAUUAUAAUGUUCUGAUUUGGCAGACAACUUUUGAAAUCUAGUACUAUUACUAGUACUAAUAUUAUUAUCACAGGAGACAAAUAUACAGUCUAGAUAUCUAUACAUCUAAUAGAAAAUAUCCUGCAAUCUUUAUCCUAUAGUUUAAGUUAAUGUUGGCGGACUUUUAUUAAGUUACUUAAGAAUAUUUAAGACAUCAUCGCCUUACGUUAGCUGACACUCGACACGCAGAAAUUGUAUAAUAUACUGCUAUAGCGUGUCUAAAUGUGUUAAAUAAAUAAGAGUGAAUGUAUUUGGGGUAUCCAUACAAAGUAUGUUAUGAUCUGAUUGACUAUCUGUUAAUUUUUAUAAUGUUCAUCAACAUUUUAAUGCCCACGAGCCUGAGAUUCUAAGAAAUGUAAAAAUAUAUUUUUAUGAAUAUAAUGAAGCUAUAAUAACUCCAUAAUAUAUAAUACAUACUACAGAAGAUUUUAAAGUAUAUUUUUACUUAGAAUACUAUUUUCCUAAGUAAAAUGUAACGAUAUGACCUGUUAUUUAAUUCAUACUAAAACAUGUUUUCCACAUCAAAUUCGUAUACAGUACAAUAUAUACAGUAUAUUUUUUGUUAAAUUAGUUCAGAAACCCUGUUAUGCCAUACAAUUUCUGCACGAUACUUAAUUAUCGAAAACUAAAAAAAUAUAUAUUAUAAAAAAUAAAUUUGAAAAAUAUGGUGGCGCUAGUGUGCGUGUGUGCCUCGACUGCUAUCGUACCAAGUGCCAAAAGUGGCUUUUUAAAAUAUUUGAGACUUGACCUGGUAACAGAGUGUAUUGACUAAUGUGUUCAAAAUGGGGUGCCAGGACCUACGGGGUAAUAUUGGACAAUAUAAGGCAAGCUGUUCAUUGUUAUUAUAGAUUUUAUUGACAGAGAACUUAUGACGACAAAGUAUGAUUAAUUUAUCGUCAAAAUUUAUAUAUUAAAAUAAUGUUUUGUUUUACUAAAUUUUUUUAUUUUGUUUUGUAAAUAUAAGUCUUAAUUAUUUUUAGAAUUUCACGUUAAUAUUUGAGAAUUUUUUUUAUUUCCAUUCUUGUAAAAUAUUGCAGUCUUAUAAGUUUGUUAAUACAAGAACCUCGCUCCAAAGUUGCAAUGUCCAAGCUCUAUUAAUAUAGUAAUUUGAGUAUAGUAGGAGAGUUGCAACAUUAGAGAAAGGAUCUUGAUAGGAUAAGUCGGAAUAUAAGAAAGACGGAAUAUAAUUAAAAAGUAUACACUAUUUUUGUAACAAAUACAUAUUUUUUCAUUCAGUCGUCUGUCUACCUCAAAAAUGCAGAAACUAUAAUUUUGAAAAUUUAUAUAGUUAAUUAAAAUUCAGUCAGUAAAGCAGUCAUUUAUUUGUCCUGAUCCAUUCGAAACAUCGAUGUGAAUCAAAUUUGGCGGACAUUCUAAAACUAAAUUUUGAUGUAACCUAGUUUUUUAACUUAUCAAGUUUAAGUACUAAUUGUCUGAAUUCAGGGUAAUUCUAUAAUGCACUUUAAAAGAUAUUACUAGUGGUACUGUAUAUCCUUCACUACAUAUAACCUUUUUUAUUGUAAGAUGAAUAUUUGAGCUUGGAGAGUACUCCGUCCUUGGUUUGCUCGUUAUAAUACAUAAUAACAUAUUUUUGAUCUUCUAGUCCUAUAUUUAGUAUAGUAAGGAGUGAUUUAGAAUAAGCGGUUUUAUUAAUAUUAAGUUAUAAAUCAUUUUAAGUAUGUAUCUAUUCUAGUAUACAACACUAAUCCCCCACCAAGUUUUGUUUUGUAUAUUGUUUAUCAUCGGUUACUAAAGCGCUUAGUAAUAAGCGCAUAGCGACUAAAGUCGUAUAAAUAUGGCAUUGUUAUCGUAUUGAAAUUCUAUUUGUGUUACUAAUGAGCUUAUAUAGUAUACAUGUGUAGCUAUAAUAGAUCUGUGAAAUCAUGAACAUGGAUAAGUGUAAUAUCAUGACAAAUAUUAGAAUAUCAUAUAAAUAUUGUCUGAAAAUUAAACUGAAUCAAAUUAUUAUUUUCUUUUUUUAUAUAGCUUAAAGAGUAUGAGCAUUUUACUUUUGGAUCCUUUCAACAAUUUUAUUCGAUACAUAUCAAGUUAAUUUUGAGAUAAUAAUUAUGCUUAAAAUGUUCACAUUCGAAUGUUAACUGUGUACAUAUUUAUCUAUGUAUAGAAUUCCAGAAAAAAUAUUGGUGUCAGAUAAAACAAAAAUGUUAUAUUUUUUCAUGUAUAUCAGACAGUAUAGAAAUGGCAUAUCACGUUUUGUAGAAUAUACAUAUUAUGUAUUAUAAUA